UAUACAAUAGAAAGAAAGGAAACUGGAGGGAUACCAAAAAAUGCAGGCAUAUGGUGAUACCGAAUCAGUUUGAAAGCAUCUGGACUUCUUCGAACAAAUUAUGUGAAACACUCCAUACUACAGGCUUAACAUCGUGACAGUUGUCUUAUUAGAUCACAGACCGGAUUCUGAAUGCUUCGGAAUGGAAAAAAGCCUUCGCCACAAAGGAUGCUAAACCGGAGUUAUUAGCGCUUCGUGUGAGCAAUUAAAACCACUGAUCACGAGCUGUCACAACGGUAAAUUGUUGUGGAUGGGAACCUUCUCUGCACCCUCUACCUUCCACAUGACCCCACUCUCCCUGUUUCAUCGGCUCCCGUGAAGAUACGUAACACUCUCUAAUACUCACUGACAGCAUGGCGUCCACUGCCCAGAUUCUGGCCUUUAAGCUCUCCCCNCCCUCUCAGGAUGGGAGUCCAGAGCGUCUGUUCAACUGUGAUGAGGACAUUGAACGGCGCUAUGAGGUGGUCCCGUCUGUCGUCUGCUCCAUGUGUUGCCUGUUUGGCAUCAUCUACUGCUUCUUCGGGUACCGCUGCUUCAAGGCUGUAAUGUUUCUCACGGGUCUGAUGUUCGGUUCCAUCAUCAUCUUCAUGCUCUGCUAUAAGGAGAGGGUCAUGGAUACUCAGCUCAGUGUGGAGGCCAGUGUGGGCAUAGGCCUGGGCAUUGGCACAUUGUGUGGUUUGGUCACUAUGCUGGUCCGCAGCGUGGGGCUUUUCAUGGUUGGACUUCUCCUGGGUUUACUGGUGGCCCUGGCCUCUCUGGUGGUUCUGGAGGAGUUUUAUCACCCGAGGACAGUGUGGCUUCCCCUGGGUGUGCUGCUGGGCUCGGGAAUGCUGUUUGCUGUGCUCACGUUGCAGUGGCAGCGCUGUUUCACCACCCUGUCCACCGCCGUCUUCGGAUCAGCUGUGGUGACUGUGACUGUGGAUUAUUUUGUCGAGCUCUUCGCUUUAACGCGGUAUAUCUAUGAGAGGGUGAAGGUGGAUCCACCUCGCCCAGUGUGUUGGUUCACAUGGGUGGUCAUGGGAGUUUGGCCUGUGCUGGCGCUGCUGGGUGUUCUUAUUCAGUGGAAGGUCACGGCUGAAGGAUAUUCACACACAGAAGUCUUCAUCAGUCACCAGCAGAGACGAGUGCAGUUAAUGCGAAUUCGUCAAAAAGAAGAAAGAAGGGAAUGCCAAAAGAAAAAGAAGAAAAAGCCACAGAAACAGUCGCCGCAGCAACAGAAGUACCACCACCCCCUUCAGACCAACCCUCAUCCCCCAAACCCUCCUCCCAAACUCCAGCCUCCGGAGCCCACCCACCGCCGGAAACCCAACACCAUUCGCCGCUUCGAUGGAGAUGUACUUUCUCCAAGUUACAUCCAGAACUUCCGUGACAGACGUACGGACAGGAGGGGCUACUCUCAUGGCAGGUUGAUUGGCGGCUCACAUGUUGUAGAUUUGGACUAUGACUAUGGCUCCCAAGUGCCCCUAACAGCCCAUACAGGCCCCGCAGUGAGAGGUUGACCCUGUAACUUUUAAUGAACAGGAAUUGCACUGCACAAACCAUUCCGAGAACCGAAAACUUUGUGGCCGGAUCAGAUCUUAGAGCAUGCGAUUACUUCAGCUGUCACAAUGGCUGACGGAACUUUCAUACCUAAAUCCAUUUGCUGUAUUCCCAUGAUUUUUUUUUUAAUGCCAGAGAAGUUGCAGCAAAUGGAUUGUAUGCCUACGAAACAAUGCGUAACCACAGUAUGGCUCUGUUCUCUUGCAUUUAACUCUAUUAUAUAUUGCUGAAGAUGGUUGUUGUAUGUGUGUCUGCUCCUCCGAGGCUCAUCUUCCCAUAAUUAGGCUGCUGUUUUAAUCCAUCCGAGAAGAACGGUCUCAUUACCACAGCAGAAGUUUUAAAGAAGAUCCAUUAUGUUCAAUCUGAACUCGGGACUAAAUACGGCCUUGGCUUUUAUGCGACUAAACUGUCAUAAAGCAUGCAUGGCUUCUGCCAGACGGACUAUUCGUAUAUCCAGUUUACAGAUUCAAACUUCAGUCCUCCUGACCUAUUAAAGAUGUUUCAGAUAACAUUGUGUUUACAGCACGGGCAGGGAGGUGUGUAACAUUUUAUAAUGUUUCAAAUGGCUUUAUCUGCUCUGUGUCAGGGCCUACACAAAAUCUGUCAAAUCGUGUAUGGUGAACACAAUCUCUAUUCAAUCUGAGCCUAUUGCACAAGCAUAUACUGAAAUGUGCGUUUAUUGUUAGCCAAUGCAUGUGGGGAAAGUGCCACCAUUGCUUUUGUGUUGUAGAUGUACACUUUAAUCUGUUUUUAGUUGUUUUUCUGUUUAUGUUUUUAGUUGUUUUUCUCUUAGUAUCUAGAGACUUUGGGUGUUUGGGUGGCUCCCAGUUAAAUCUCAGGGGCUGUGGCAUCGAGAAGAGCCCUAACGAUGUAACUGUGAACACUAAGGGGUUUUGUGUGAGUGAUUUAAGUGUCCUUGACCUUGCCUACAAGAGAGAGUUUUGAAAGGGUUUAAAGAAAGAUGCAUAAGAAGGGUGGAAGAGAUUUAGUAGAAGUGGUGGACUUCUCACAGAAAAAGAUUUUGUGUAUUUCUGUGUGUGUAGAAAGCAUGAAAAGGAGAGAGAGAGAUAUAUAGACAGAGUGUGUCUGUAUGUGUAUUUUGUGUGUUGAGUGUGUAUGGAUGUGUGAAAGCAUUUGUCAUACUGUGAGUCUGCAGUAGAUUGGCAGCAGGGUUAAGUCUUAAUUUCUGAUUUACCUUCAUGUUCGGAUGCGGGGUGAUUUCACACCCAGUUUCCCGUCUGUGUUUAUCAGGGCUGUCU